GGAUGGGUAGUGCAUUACAGUUUGAAGGAAUGUUUUGAUCUUGAUUGGAUAUUUAUUCUUAUUUUCAUCGAUAUGGAAGGUAAUUUUGCUUGGUUUUAAAGAUUGGCUGCAUUCAUGGAUACUUAAAAUUGCAAAUGAUUGAUUUUUUUGUACGAUCGCUCUGAGAAAUCGUGCAAUAAUUCGGAAUAAUUGUAAGGAUCAAUUGAUGUAAUUGUGGUUUGUAAUUUUUAUUGAUCUUAGACCAUGAUUUAGACGAUCUUGACCUUUUGGCAAGUCUUGUCGAUAGUGAUUCUGAAUUGCUUGACGAUGGUAGCCUUCCGGAAGCAAUUCCAUCGAAUGCUUCAUCGCGAUCGCCUACAGAAACACAGCCAAGAGCCAAUGAACAAGGCAUACGAUCUGGAACAACAUCGAAUUUGACCAUGGAAGAAAUGGCAGGUUAGCUCUAGUUCACAGGGAGCUAUAUAACUUCUUUUGUGAAGGCAGAAGGGUCAUCAUGUUAUUUUUAUAUCUGAAUUGAUUUUCCUUUUAUCAAUUUGACUCGAAAAGUGCCAAUGAUCACGAUAUUUAAGAUUUAUAUAAUAAGCUCAGUUAUGCACGCAUUCUGAUUGGUUCUCACUUAUGAUCUAUUGGAGGACAGACAACUUGGAAUCUAUUUGUUAAAUUGAUAAUAUAUUAAAGAUAUUAAAGAUAAUAAUAAUCAUUAAUAAUUUGAAUAAAUUGAUGCGUAAUCUCCUUCACCAGGAGCACAGUGGCCAAAUGAACAGUGUGAGCACAAUGAUCAUCUUGCAAAAUAAGAGAGUGAAAUUAUAGGAAUUUGUAUGGGAAUAUUUAUGACCGCUUUUAGGAAUAUACUCAAAUUCUCAAUAAAAAUAUCUCACCUUACUUCCAUAGUGCAUUGCUUGUUAUCUGACUGCUUAUAAUAUUAUGUUGAAAAGAACCCAUUUUAGUGAGUUAUCCAUUUCCAGGUUUGCUGAGCUUCUCUUAUGUACAUAGUAAACCUAUAAAUGGAUAUCUCACUAAAAUGGGCUGUUUUCAACAUAAAAAACAGUCAGAUAACAAGAGAUACACUGUGGAAGUUGAGGUAUUUUUUAUUGAGAAUUUGACUGUAUUUUUUAUUCCUAAGAGCCAAGUUGUAAAUAUUUCUAUGUAAACUGUUAUAAUUACACUAUGGCUCUUAUUUUGCAAGAUGAUCAUCUCGCAUCUGGAGCUUGGGCCACCUGUGGUGCGAGGGAGUCCAUGUCAAGUGCUCCAGGCUCAAGACUGGGCUGAGUCAUUCAUUGUGUUGUGCUCUUGGGCAAAACACGUUACACUAACAGUGUCUCUCUCUACCCAGGAGUAAAAAUGGGUACCCACUGGUGGAGGGGGGGUAACCUUGUGAUGGACUGACAUCCCAUCGAGGUGGGAGUAGUGAUACUUUCUUGUCACUUCAUGCUAAGGAAACUGGGAUAAGCUGCAGCACAGACUUUAUCUUUUCCUACCAAUACAAUGAGCAUGGUCUCUAGCUUAGUAACGUAAAAUCAGUUGUUAACUGAUUGUUUUACAUUAUGGUUUGAUUUAUGAUUGAUCAGCGCAAAUGGCUAGCAUGGAAGAAUACAUAAAAAAGCUUGAAGCAGAAAAAGCUGGUAUCCUUUACUAAACUUCUUUUCAUGGAUCAACAUUUGUGCCAUUUUUUUACUUGAUUACAACAAAAAAUACCUUCUACUUGAGACUCAUCUGUAUCAUGCUUGCUUGGAUCCUGAAUGCUUACCACAUAUAAAUGAGGGAUUAGAUAUCAAUCAUUCAGUUUUUGUCAUGAGAGAUACCAUAACUGCAUUGAAAGUGCACUGGAUUUCAAAUCCAGAUGAUCAGAUCCAAAUUCUGGAUGGGUCAUUGUGUUGUUCCCUUGGGACACUGAACUUUUUCAGUGCCUGCCUUAAUUUAGUUUUAGCCACUUGAGACUAUGAAGGAAGUUAACCAUGUGACAGACUGGUAUCCUGCCCUUGGGGGAAGGCAAUAUAGUACUAGUCACUUGUAGCAAUAAGAAAAGAAUUACUAGUAGGUAAUUCAAUAAUAAUUUAAUGAUUUAAUAAUUAAACAAUAAUCUGGCUCUUCUGCUGACUUCACUUCACCCAAUAUUUAUGUUUGAACAUCUGUCAUUUUCCAAGUAGAACGCUUUCAUCUUCAGUAUGGAUACAGUUUUGCUUCCUUGAUAAUAUUUUCACAGUUUUGUUAUCACCAACAACACUGAAUAAUGAAAUUAGAUCUGGCUCUUCUAAAGAAGAACAAGAGUUCAAAGUAAGUGAGAAAAAGAGCUCAAAACAAGACAAGAGCCAGCAGAUGCUGUUUUCAAAGGACAACAAAAGAACAGCCCAUGCUCCAGCACACUGUAUUAACAAGACAGGUAAAGAGUACAAGAAAUGUAAAAAAUUCCUCAAGCUACCGUAGAACCUCUCCUUUAGGACACCCCUAUUCAGGGAAGAAAAAACUUUGGUCCUGAAAAAAUGUUCAUCUAAUCUUUGCAUUUGUAACCUUCAUAAAGGGUCACCUAUAUUCAGGGGAUACUUUCCGUGAUCCCAAGGGUUGUCCCCCAAAUAGAGGUUCCACUAUAUUUUAAAUUUUCUUCUUUGAGCUUCUAUUAGAGAUUACUUCCUAAGAUCUGAUUUGUAAUUCUCACUUCCAUCUGCUGUACAAUUCUUUAUAAAUUAGUUUUGGGAAUUUGGUGUUUCAUUGAGAUGACGCUUUAGCUGAGAAGUUGUCAAUUCUCAACACCUGUUUGCUGAAUAAUGUAUUGACAUUACCAGGAGAACUUAUAUGUAUAUCUUGAAUCAAUGUCAGUCUCUGGGCAACUGUACACCUACCCCUCCCUUAACUCAGCAGUGGUCAACUGAUAACAAGUUUGGGUUAAUUUUAGAUUCAGGGAGGGGUAGGUGUGCAGUUUCAACUGACAUUGAUCCUUGAUCUCUUCUGGCAAUCAAGUGAUAUAAAUUAUUUUGGUAUUUUUCAUAGUGGACAAAAUCAAUUUUCUAGUAGUAGACCAUUUCACAGUUGUGUACCUGGUUGUCAAGCCUUUGAUUUGGAGUGGGGCUGAAUGUGAUCUUGUUGUGAUAGAGACCAGUAUCUAGUUAGCAUGAUAACAAAGUAAUAUACAUUUAAAAAACAGCAAGGUUUAUUUCAAAACAAGGUCAUCCCUUGCCUCACUCUUGUUCAAAGGCUUGGCAACCAAGCAUGCAACUGUAAAAUGGACUAUAGAGUUAAAUGCUAGUGCAUUGAGACAAUUAACAGUUGUGAAGUUCAGAAAAUAAUGGAAAAAAGGAAAAAAAAAUAUAUGGAAAACUCAUUGAGACUUUCACUAAGGCAGUGAAAUGUCUCUAAAGGAUUGAGCCAAUCUCUUUUUUUUCUCUUUAUUAUUGUAGCAACUUAUGCGCACCAAUACCUAUGAUUUGUAUAUAUCUUUAUUUGCAGUUUCCCCAGAUUCUUCAGCUGGGCCUCACAAUUCUACAAAACAAAAAGCUCCUGAAAACUUGUCUUCAACAAGAAUGAAACCUGAACAUGGCCUGGAUACAAAAGGCUCAGGGACAACCAGAAGACUGACUGCACAAGAUGAAAACCCCAACAAUGGAAAACUGGCUACAGGAAAGAAAAAAGCUGCAGUUGAAACAGAGACCAGAACAGGAAAGUCAACAGAUGAUGAGAACUUUUCUUGUGAUAGGUUUUCCAGUUUACGAAUUAUUAAUCCACUGAUUUCAUCAGUUGUUAUGGAGAAGAGGAUGGAAGGACGCAGAAUGGUGAAGAUUUCACAGAUAUCAACCAAGAUUAAGGGAAAUAAUGAUAUUGAUGGGGACUGGGUGACAAUUGGUGUGAUAGUUCAAAAGAUGCCUCCAAAGAAAAGCUCAAAUGUAAGUUCAGUAUUUUGUAUCCUUCAUCGUUCUUUCUCUCAGUUAGUAUGCAUGCUAUGAUUGGUCAAUUUAGCAGAUAGUAUUUCACUUUACAGCCCGCUAAAUAGUCCAUUUUACAGUUGUUUGCUUGGUUGCCAAGCCUUUGAACAGGAGUGAGGCUAAGGGUGACCUAGUUGUGAGACAAACAUUGCUACUUUAACUUUUCAAAUGCAAAUAAGUUUGCUAUCAUGCUAUCUAGACACUGGUCUCUAUCACAAUAAAGUCAACUUUAGCCUCACUCCAAAUCAAAGCCUUGGCAACCAACACACCUGUGAAAUGUCCUAUUCAAAAGGUCUCUUUUGACUGAAAUCUUCUCCCUCUACUAACUUUGUUUUCUUGGUCUAUACCAUAAAUAACACAUCCUUGUGUCUUUUUUCUGUUAAGAUUUAUGGUCUGCAUGCUUUGUGCUUGGACCAUUAAUCUAAAACUUAGUCUGCAACUGACAGUACAGACCUCAAACUUGGUUAAUUAGAGGUAUUUAAAAUAGCUUGAUAACAAGGCUUUUCACUGCACCUCUAGGGUGGUGUCAGGUCUUUUCUAGAUGAAUAAAUUGUAUUAUGUGUAGUAACAAUAACAAGCUUCAGAUUUAUCUAUCAAUUCAUGUAGUAGGGUUCAAACAUUGCAUGAGUAUUAAGUUUUCACUAAGAGUUUCUUAAUUUUGUCUGUUUUCAGGGGCAAACUUAUGGUAUAUGGAAACUCUCAGAUCUUGGCCCUAAUACCAGCAAUGAAAUUGUUGCAUUGUUUCUCUUUGGUGAUGUAUACAAAGAGCACUGGAAGACAACUGAAGGGAGUGUUGUGGCUCUUCUUAAUGCAUCCCUUCUACCUGCGAAAGAGGUAAGCAGUGACAGUUACAUGUAAUAUGAGAUGAUUUGGUUUUAGUGACUGAGUUGAUCAUAAAAAUUGGCAACUGCAGAGAAUUUCUAAAGCUUAUGUUUUGAAUGUGUUUGCUUAGGCAAAGUGUUUAUGCUUGAAACUUCAGAUUCUUGGAGUGGUCAAUUUACAUUUUCAACUUAGUUAAAACCAAAUGAUUUUAUAGUACCCCUUACAGAAGCAGCACCAUACUUUCUUUAGGGCUUGUCUUCUUGCCCUUUUUGUUAGCAGUUUACUAACAAGUGGAGUCAAGCAUGAGGAAAGCACUAGGAUUGUGCAAGGGUCAAAGAUACACACAAGUGGAGGAGGGCACUAAAAAAUGCUUCUCCACUUUACACUGCUUGCCUCUUCUUGCCCAAAGAAUACAGAAAUAUCCCCUGUCCUUUUUGCUAUUCUAGCAGUUUUAUCCUAAAACUUUGAUCAUUCUUUAGCCUGCCUACUUUGAUGAAAGCACAUGGGAUCUCUGUGAAAUUAAAUUUAUAUACAUUUGAAAUAAAACUGUUUCAUUCCUAUCCCUCCAGAAGAAUUCUAAAGACCUGGCUCUCACUUUGGACAAUGCCAGAAAACUUAUGCUGAUGGGAAUAUCCAAAGAUCUUGGCAAAUGCAGAGGACUCAAAAAGUCAGAUAAUCGCCCGUGUACAAAUUUUGUCAACAGGUACAAAAUGUUUGGUAGUUUUAACCUACAUGUUGGUAGUCUAACAUUGUGCAUACAAGGAAGAGAAAGAUUGUGAUGCUAAAUGGGAAGGCUGGGCCAGUAUUUGGGCCAGUAUUUGGGCCAGUAUUUGGGCCAGUAUUGGGCUAAUGUUGCAUCAGCAUUUGGCCAGCAUUGGGUAAGCAUGUUAUAGUACGAAAUAUCCAAUGGCUUUCCUCCAUUUUGGUUGGCUGUAUUGCCAUGACAUAGUCCAAAAGAUAAAUUAACCUAUUUUCUUCAAAAAUUAGUGGAAAUUAUGAGGGUAAGGUUAAUCCUUAAAGGUGCAAGGAACUUCUACUCCUGUAUACUGAGAUCAUUUGUCAAAUGACUUGUAGGAUGUUCUAUAAUGUACUACUCAAAAGUGUUGCAUAUACUAAUCUAUACUAAUAUCUAUUUGAUACAUUUUGAGGUUUUUUCAUUUUAUUUUCAUUAGGCAACAUGGUGAGUUCUGUGAAUACCAUGUCCAAGCAGCCUACCAUUCAAUGAGGGCUCAAAGAAUGGAAUGCCAGACAGGGUAUGGAAAUUCAGUGAUGUUCAUCCAACAUGCCUUUGCCAUAGUUUUGUAGCCUACAGAGUAGGCAUGAGUUUUGGCAAGUGAGUGAUCAGUAUUUUCUUGCAGAGGGGGAGAAAAAGAAAUUUGUACCAAGGGGGUUGAGGGAGUAGAGGGGGAAAUCAGCAACCCUUCCCCAACCCUUCCCCCAACCAUUUACGCUAGCUCUAAAUCAAACAUGGCCUCUGGAUGAACUAAGGGGCCUGCAAUGCAGGCUAAUAGUUUUGCUGAUUGGGUUUUCAGCCCUCUCUUUUAUGUUGUAUGUUUUAGGUAUGGUCCCUCAGGUAAAGCACCACUAAUGAAGAAGUUUAAGAAAGACCUCAAUACUUCAACCUUCAUGUAUCAAGGACGCACAGUGAAUGCGUCUAGUCACAAUACCGACCACAAGAAGAAAAAUGUUUCACUGAAGAGUCUUAAUAUAGGUAAAAGAAAUGGAUCUACUGAGGCAAUCGCAAAAGGUGAGUUUACAAAGAUAGGACCAAUCUUGUGGAGUUACACCAAAUGACUAUAUUGUAAAACACUAACUGAAAACUCGCUAAGAGCAAAUUUUUUCAUGAUGGGUAAUUUGCACUGGAUCAUGUUUUCUAUAAGAUCAUGAUCCUGUGGCUCACUAGAGAGGAAGGGGCACAGGAAGCCCAAGAACAAUUUUCCAGCUAGAAGGGGUGUUGCUCAGUAAUAUUUUGCUGAUAUAAAAUAUCAAUACAAUAUUAAACAGACAAGUGACGAGAAUAAAGAAAGUAUCAGUUAGGGGAUUUUUCGUUGAUCAAAUACCAAAUUCUCCAAACUUGCAUCAUAGGAAUUGUAUGACAGACAGUAAGGAGAAAUACCAAUGAGAUCUUUGGAGAGUAUGGGUGAAGGCCCCUCAUGUGAUGUUGUUCUUCUACACAGAACGUCAGAUUUAAAUGGUUCUGUUAGAGGGCAACGAAUUUGUAAUUCGGCUUCUCUCUUAUUUGAUACCUAUAAUCCUUUCUGAUUUUCUGAUUUUUGAACUGUUAAUAUCUGCUUUUCCCGUAUUGUCUAAGUUUUUAUUUACUUUCUUUGAUUCAGGUGAUUCAGUUCAUCAGAAGGGAAAUAAGAGCAAUCCUACUGCUGAACAUUCAGACUUCUUGUAAGUGUCAUACAAGUGCUUAGAUUGAUACAAAUAAAAGCCAUAAAGGUGACAGAUUUCGUGCCUGAAAGACAUUAUCCCUUUCAGUUGAUUUGUUUGUCAUAACGUAACGUGAGUUGACAAUGCCUCUUUUUCAAGUUGAUAUGCAAUAACGCAACGGUCAAACGUCCGCGCGAGUGUGAGGGUUAAAGCGGCUGAGAAUCGGCCCAACAUCAUGUUUUCAGGCUGUCAAAACCAAGCUGUCGCACAGGACUUUGAAACAACGACAUGAGCUAGGAAGUAACUGUGUCUUAUAUACGUACAUGCAUAGCGUUUUGGCUAAGUGUCAGUGCGACAGAAAGGUAUAUACAGAGUAUCUCGUAAUUAAAAAAGAAACUUUGAGUCCCAAAAGUCCUAAGUUUCCCUUCUCUCUCCAUUUCUUUCCUUCUACGGUUUUAUCAGAACGUUUUCACUUUUGUACACACCAGUUGUUUCCUGUCUUUCUUUACAAUUUUGCACGGGAAAUUUGCGCGUGGCCAGCUAAAAUUGAUCCUGGGGCGCAUGCCCGGUGUUUGACUGUUGCAUUAUCAUAUUUUCAAGGGGAGUGGCUCCUGGAUACAUCUAUUGCUAGUUCCCAUGAAAUAUAUCCAUCAAAACCGAUACAAAUGGAAGCAGAGGUCCACGCUUCGCGCGUAGGCGCACUAAAAAAGCAUCGCCUUGCAUGUCUCCAGUCCCAAAAAGAUGGAUAUCAGUUUGCAACGCCCUCUGCAACAUUUACACACUUAGUAGUAGUCCGCGCAUGCUUAAAAUACAGUGCUAGAUAAGUGACGGGGCUAUUCAAGCGGUUAGUUGUGACAAAAGGAACCGAUCAAGGUAAAGCAAAAAUGUUCAUUUCUCUCGUUGCUUUGACAGAGUACAGCUUCUUGAAAUGCCAACAGUUGGGUCCAGAAAUCUGAUCAGACAUUUAAACCAAGACGAGGAAGAAAGUGAGUGCUGCAAAAAGAUCUUUACUCUUUCACUUCCAAGAUGUACAUAUAAAUUCUCUCUGUCACUAGCAUGGGACAAUUAACGAAAUUCGUUGUAGGCGCUAAACACGGAAAAGUACACGACCAACUCUUGAGACGAAUGAAAAAUCGCUUUAUUGAUAGGAAAUUUCGGGGAACCUGCUCUGGGUGGUUUACUGCGAAAACAUUUGGCUUGAGAGUGUGGGAGAAGGUUAAACUGUUAAUCCUUUAACUCCCAUGAGUGACUAAGACGGAAUUUCUCCUUACAAUAUCAAUGAAGUUUCAAGCAGACAAGUGAUGAGAAUAAAGAAAAAUAUCAACCUAGAGAUUGUUAGCUGAUUCAAUACCAAAUUAUCCCUACUAACAACAAGAGAACUGUAUCGCAGACAGUAAAGAGAAUUACUGAUGAGAUCUUGGGAGUAUAAGGGUUAAACGCUUGAGUAUGGGGAGAGGCCUUGAAAAAUGCAAAUCGGUGAGAGAUCUGGCUCUAAUUAUUAUUUUUACCAUGCCCACAGUAAACCUCUCCCCAACUCGUCUCAAAUCUUCCCGCAAGGCGGACAAACGCACGACCUGCAGAACAUGUUUCGUGGCUGCGUUUUUUCUUUUUUUUUAUAUAUAGUCAAAAUGUUACAUUUUCUCUCCAGAAAAGCCAGAGGAAGAGAGAAAGCCCACAAUGUCUGCUUCAGAGCUCUUAAAAGCGCAUGAAAAGGAACUUAAACGAGUGAAGUCUUCGUCCACGGGCACACUUGGAGCACCCAUGUUAGGGCGUGGUCUGGCGCCAGGAUCGGAUCUCUUCUUUGAUGGUUCACCCAAGUUCGGGAAACGGAAAUUAAAUGAUACAGAGAGAGCAAAGGUAAACACGAACUAAUCCCAAUUUCUCUCUUCUUUUCAAGUUCGGUCUCUAACAGACAGCAGUUAUCGAUCCUAUCACAAUUUUAAAAGGAAAGCAAUGAUUAAACAUUGUCUUUUUGCCCCAAAAAAUUGUUUAAAAAAUAGUUGCAAAGAGCAAGAUGAACAUCGUUUUUUGAGUAUGUGAACUCGAAUUUUUUGAAUAAAUUUUUGGUUGCUUUCCAACAUUUCUAAUACUCUCUUUGGGCAUAAAUAUUUUAACACUUAGGAUUUGAUUUAUAUAGUGCAUGUCAGCUUUCUUUGGCGUUACAUUACGAAAUCCCUUUUUCGUUGAUAAGUUGGUCAGUUCUCGUUACAUUUUUGAUAAGCUGGUCUGUUUUCGUCGCUUUUUUGAUCGGGAAGGGGAAAUUAGUAUUGCCUAAUAAAUUAUUCAUCGUGAGUUGAGUAUUAAAUUUCUUGUCAUUCCAUAAUCGUUUUAUCUGCUUUCAAACCACUGUUCCAUCGAAGAAAACGGCACUUUUUCCAGAGAUGUCAUUUGAGGCCGUUUCCGCGGGCUGUCAGACUGUUUUUCCCCUGCUACUUUGAGAAUUUUGAUCAAAGACAGAAAAUAAGUAUUUUGAACGGUUUCGAACAUCAGUAUGUGGCUAAAAAAUGUUACUCAAAUAUGUUCCAGAAUACUGGAAAUCGCGUCUCAAAGAAUUUAAAAUUUUUUCAGGUGAGCAUGCCCCCCUGACCCUUCCAGAAGGACGUGUUUCUUUUGCAUCACGCCAUACAUGAUUCAGUUCAACAGCUUCCUCGGUUCAGAUCCUACAUCCAUUGCAUUUUCUGAUGACAACCCUGUUUAUUUGUUAUUUUUAUUUUGUCAGCUCAAAGCUUUGUCACUUGUGAAACAGAAAGGACCUUUAAAAAAGGAUGACCCAAAUGCUGUUCGCAAAAAGUUAUCUCCAAAGGCGCAGGAAGAAAUUCAAAAGAAAGCGUUUGAAGAUAGCAGCAAAGGUAUGCCAAUUAAACAUUGUUCGCCUGAGAACUUUUAACUGAGGCUCGUCCACGCCGAUCUAAAUGGUGAGAUUUUCUGUUUAGGCCUUUGGUUUACAGGAAAGGACUUGAAGGUCUAAGGAAUAGUGGGAUUGGCUUACGUAGCACCGUGUGAUUGGACAAGAAGUCUCGUGCCAAUCAGAUGUUUGGUCAUUUGCAUUUUCCCGCCCUUGACGUCAAAUGUCCUUGUGAUUCCUGUCACAGCCCUCUUUCAACCAUUAUUUGCGCAUGCUCUAACUUACAUUUCGGAGGCAAAUGUUCUUUGUUUCUGUUGUAGAAAACGAUGAUGGAAAUGCGGAUCAAGAUUCAAGGAAAAAAAGGAGACGGAUUUUGGGACCAGAGUUUGGAUCAAUAGAUCUGACUUCCGAGGAAGGUAAAAAACUGCUUGCUGCAAAAUCACAGCAUGUUGGAGCCGUGCGAGAGGUGAGUAUAGUGAUUGGAGGAAUAUCAUAACCAUAAUAAUACUGAAAAUAAUGGAACUUUAGCGAGGUGGCCCUUCUCCACUGUUUCCAGGUCGAGUUAGGUUUUGGAAUGUGUUUUUUUGGUGGAGAGAGGAAAACCGGAGGACCCGGAAAAAAAACUCUCGGGGCAAGGACGACAACCAGCUACAAACUCAACCCACACGUGACGCCAGGUCCGGGAACCGAACCCGAGCCACAGCGGUGGGAGGCGAGCGCUCUCACCACUGCCCACCCCCACUCCCCACAACCUCACUACGCUCAUUCUGUCCGUUCUCUCAUGAACAAACCCUUUACAGAAACAAAAGUCGACAUUUUAAAUUGAUCAUCAGGAAAAAUGAUCCUCAAAACAACGAGGUUGUGCUCCAGCAGAGCCAAGGUGCAACUAGCAAUUAACUUUUGUACCUGGGUGACUUACAGAACUUUGCUUUUCUAAGAGUUACUAAGAGCAGGAAAGUUUUUCUCACGUGCAAUCCAACCCAGUGGUCAAAUGUCUGCGCAUGUGCGAACGUGGCUAGGUGGCCUACUUUCAGGCUGUCUGAACCAAGUUGUCUCACACAAGUUACAAACAAGCAAACGAGCUGGUAAGUCACGGUGUUUUAGAAGCGUACUGCUUCUCCGGUAAAGCUCAAAAUCAGGAUACCCGCACUUGAAUAAGCUUUGAGUUCGGCGAAAAGCAUCGAGUUUCCCUUUUCGCGGCUUUUGUUUCCUUUUACAGUUAAACAGCUCGAUUUUCUUUCGCCUAUUUUGCAAGAAAGCGGUGGUUUCUUAUGUUUUCCCUCGAAAUUCUGCGCGGGCGCCCUAAAUUGACCCCUCGCGCAUGCCCGGCAUUACAUCGCUGUGCUGUCCAGCCUGGGCCUAAGAUAAGACUAGUGAUACUUUUUGAUCAGAAACCAAAUACAUAUGUUUAGGCUGAGGCCGAGAGGGAGGAAAAAUACUUCAACGAACUGGAGAAGAAAGAAAGACUGGAAGAUAAAAUGAAGACGAUUACAGAGCUCAAAGUAAAAGUGGUCUGCUGUAAACAGGUAAACGAUUGUGUUUGACGAAGCCUAGUUGUGUUUAAUUAAAAUUCACCGGUCUCUUGCCUUGUGUAAGCAGUCUGCUCCACCAUGAUCUAUUGUUUACUUAAAAAAAUAUAAAUUUAACUAUGUUUACGUCGAGCAAUUUGCAAUUUUUAAAAAAUAAAGAUAUUUUGAAAUGGCUUCGGAUUGCCUCAAUUCUCCUGGUGAUUGGUUUAAAAAGCUCGCACCACCCAAUCAGAUGCAAAAAUAAAAUCUAUCGCGACUCAGAGACUUGCGUUUUCCCGCGCUUUAAGCAGUCUGAGCUUUGAUUUUUCAUUGGCUUCUUAUGAUUUUUUUGUAAGUCUUGAUUGGCCGUUGUCACAUGGUUGCUCACGUUUUCCCGCGCUUCAGGAAGUUCGCAUGUUUGAACUCUUCCCUUUUUUACUUUGCUCUGUGCGAUAAUGUUCCUUCGCUCUGAUGACAGGCAUUUUGACUACCUUAAAGGCACUCCUUAAUCACCUUGGUCUUUCUUGUAGUGUAAUUACGUAGCAGAGGGUGCCUCAGAACUCUGCCACAAGGAAAAGCAUGCACUGAAGUAUUGUAAGGCUCUGAAGAAGUUCUUUGUGUGUAAAGACUGCAAAACUCGCACUGUAUCAUAUGGAUCGCCAAUUCCUAAACAUCCUUGCAGGUGAGAGUAGCCACCAUCGUUUUUUGUUUGUUUGUUUAUUUUCUUCUGCUUUCGUUUUAACACCAUUAAUCUGCUUCCCGUUUAAUACUUUCCAUUCUUUGCCUUUGGCUAAACUAUCAUUUGAAACAGGUAAUUUAGUGUUAACAACUGAGUUGAAAACGUAAAUUAGCCACCGUAAAGGGUAAAAAAGCUGACGUUUCGAGCGUUAGCCCUUCGUCAAUCGUUCUGACGGUGGGCUAACGCUCGAAAAGUCAGCUUUUUUACCCUUUACGAUGGCUAAUUUACGUUUUCAACUCAGUUGUUAACACUAAAUUACCUGCUGUACUCUCCCACCGACGCAGCACCACAGUUUCUAUAGAAACUUGCCCCUUUAUUCAUGUAUCGUUUGAAACUCUCCUUUCCUAUUUCUUCAUUAUUACUACACUAUUCCUUUCUUUUAAAUUUCAAUCUUGUGCGUUCUUCUUUUUUCUCCUAUUCCAUUUUUUCGCGAUCUCCUUCAUUCGAUUUUUUCUUUCCAUUUUGGCCUCCUCUCCUCUUGCCUCUUCUCGUUCCUUUUUAUUAUUUACAUUUCUAAAUUUGUUUAGGCAAUGCGGUGCUACAAACUAUCAAAAAACAUCCAUUUACAAGGUAAGACAUAAAUGCUUCACAGACAGCUUUUUAACAUCUGUCGAUCUAUGCAAAAUUGACGCUUACGAGUUCAUAAUUUCUUGACAAGCAGCUGUCAUUUACUUGCGUCUUCGACGAUCUUCGACAAUUUCUUGGAAAAAGCAGCCAGAUCCUGUACGACCAGACAAACCUUGAUAAGGCAGUCUCCAAUAAAUCGAGUUGAAACCAAGAUUUUUGGUGUAAAAUCUUGCAAAAAUCUCAGUUUCAAAAAUGGUAUAGGAUUGAACCUACAUCCCGUUAGCUUUCCUCCUUGAACUUAUCGCGAUGAUUUUCUUAUUUGAUCGAUUCUCAUCGACUUUCUGAAGUAAUCUGGGGCUGUAUUGGUUUUUUUUAUGUGAUUGAUCUAUAAAAAUCACGCCACUCUUUUACCCAAUCACCCGUUUUCAGCCCGCGCUUUAGGCAUGUCACGUGCUUUCACUUUGAGUUCCUAUUGGUUCGUUUUGAUGCUCACCUUUUGUUUGUUUAACUUUGUUUUUGUUAUACGUCACUUUUUCGGAAUGCUCACUAUAGACCUUUUUUGAAAUAUUUUCCAAAUGAUUCUUAUUUUUUUUCGCUGAUGUUUGCUUCUUUUCAGGAAACGGAAGGCCUGAAGAUAGCAGGGGAAACUCUACUCGUUAGAGGGGAAGAACUUCCAAAAUUUCUUAACAGUCUUUAA